AUGGGGACGUGGAUUCCAGUAAUAGGUGGACUGGGAAUGUUACGGUCCAGAGGAGAGAAGUUGGCUUCCCGCAAGGGACAUACUGGAUCAUUCUCUUAUCGACGGGUAGGUUCCUCUGAUAGCGCCAGGAGUGAAGCAUGUAAAAAGCUGAAUGAGCUCAGACAGGAACCCACUGAGGAGGUCACUGUGCCACAGGUCUUCAAAAAGAUUUGGGUGAUGGCUUUAUGGACAUGCGUGUUUGCCGUCACACUGUCCGUUUUUAUAGUAAUUCCUAUAAAUACAAAUGCAAAUAAAAUAUAUAAAUACUGUAAAUAUAUUUUUUUUUCUUUUUUUUUUUUUUUUGUCUUCAAUGUGAUGGACUGGAUUGGCAGAAGUCUCACUUCUCGUCUUCAGUGGCCUUCAAUGACAAGUCAUUUAUUCCUUUUUGUGGUAUUAUGGGUAGUUUUCAUUCCUGCCCUCAUGCUCUGCAACAUUCAGCCCCGCGCCUAUCUCCCAGUCCUUUUCAAUCAUGACAUGGCUUAUAUCAUCAUCAUGUCUUUGUUUGCCAUGACGAGUGGAUAUUUUGCCUGCCUCUCCAUGAGCUAUGCUCCACAGUAAGUACUUUUAAAGACAACACAAAUUAUGAAGGUUAUUUGUCUCUUUCUGGGUGCUGCUUUGUCUUUUGGCCUUAAAAAACAAUUCUUUGGGAAAGAUCCCACAAGUUGACACUUCUAUUAUCUCACUAUUCCAUUAUCCCGUCAUAGAAAAAUGUAUUAUUGAUUGAUUAUAGUCUGACUGAUUUAAAUGAUAUGAAUGAUGUAAUUAAAUUUAUGAAUCCUAUAUACUGUAACCUUUUACAUACAAGUUCAUGAAAUCAGUAGGAUUGGGUAAUGGGCCUUAUGUAAAAGUAUUAUAUUGAACAGAUGUGUGCAUACGUGACCACUAGUGUAAGCUCAUACAAGAAGCUACAUGGUACAAGAACGUACGUGGUAAAGUCUGAGCAUGCAGAUGUUAGAACAGUUACUUCAUGUUCUUUAUCUCGUGGCGUGAUGCUUUUCAGUAACUUGUGACCAUAUGAUUGGUGAAGACCAGAGGCCCAGGGCAUACAGUUAUCUUUCAAUGUUACUUUGGGGUAUAAAAUAAUGUUAGUAGGGACCUCUCUUUAUCUCCUUUGCAUUCAGAGGGUAAAACUGUGUCUGAACUAGAGCAUUUCUGCAGAAAUGAAAA